CUAGCAACCAACUCGAUCACGACGCGUACGUUUAUCGGCAAAUGUUCGAACGAAGUCGACUAAAAAUCGCCGAACAAGAAAUAAGUUCGAAAUUGGAUCCUGAAUUAACUUGCAACGUUAUCAGAGUUAUAUUUGACAUUAUCAGGAAGUAGAAUGAUACGUAAUUAGUUUCAACCAUGAGUUCAAGAGAUUCCCUGAGAAGCAGGGAUGGCGGGAGGCCUUUCUCUGCAAACAGAACACAGUUACCCCCAAUCCAGACAGACAAUAAGCCAAAGUACCCGGAGAUAAAGCAGAGGGGUUACUACUCAGAUGUCAUCAGUGGUGAUGGACCCAAGAGAGUUGGGAAUGUUCUUAGCGGGGCUCCAACACAACAAGAUGUCUUGUGGAACGUUGCCAAAGAUCAGCACACCCCAAAGGUUACACACUUUUCAGGUCCUCAAGCACAAGAAGAGUACUCUAAGGAGAUGGAGAAGCAAGUAUAUGGACCGACAAGUGAAAUCCUAGCAAAAUCUGAUUUCCCAGAGGCGUCAUUCAAGCCUAAAGUGCAGCUACCGUACUUCGUGCCACCAGGCCGCUGCCCCCGCAAGAUAGAGAUCGAGCGACGGAAGCGGGACUACCAGAGCCAGGACCUGGAACAGCUCCUGGAGCAGGUCGGGGCCGAGACCAGCGAGCUCAUGCCCAAGCAGAUCCAGGGCAACCUGGCUGUGAAGCUCAAUGGGGCCGGGGGCUCUAAUCCAGCCCCUUUCCCACCCUUCCUGCCCCUAGAUAUCUUCACCGAUAUGGAGUUUGACUGUCGAACCCCAGAGGAGUGGCUGCAUCUAGGACAGGAGAACGGCUGCAGGAAACCAAUACCAGGGAGAGCCCUCCUUCCUGCCUGGGACUCGCCAGAGGAAUUGGACCCCAAAGAUCCCAGCAUUGAGUAUGAAUGGUUUGAUGUGGGUAUGCUGACCUUUGACCCUGAGACUGAACACUACCUGGUCCAGAAGACUGAUCUCAACGGCCGUAUCCUGGAUAAAGCCGGCAAAGUGGUCGUUGAUGGCGGCAACAAUGGCAAAGUCCUAUCUCCUGGUCAGUAUUGGGUCCCAAGAAUCCGCCUGAUGUUUGCUGCUGAGGACCCAACAAGCUUUGCCAUGGCAGUGGGCAAGGCAUUUCAUGUCAGACAACAUACAGAAGCACUGCUCAGGUACAACCUCUAUGUUGACUGCAUGCCCAUGGAAGGUGUAGGUGAGCUGGACCCUGAGAGUCUCAGACGUAUGGUAGAGUGGGCCACAGGUGCCCCAUCACUUGUAAGCCUUGAUGACUACGUACACACCCUGGAGAAAGAGGUCAACAUUGAGUUCUGCAGAACGAUGAAUAGGAUCACCUUCGAUAGGAUCGUCUCCAAAAGUCCAGACACAUAUGCUUUCGUCACAUUACCUGAACUUGUUACUCCAGAAAUUCCGGAGACAGGUAUGUGCCCUGAUGUCCCGUCCUACCCGUUCGAUGAGCAGUACGACAACUUUGCCUUCAACUCGUUGCUCACCCGGGAGGAGGCUAUCUUUGCCGUCAACAAGGUGCGAGCGGAAUGCAACAAGGUGUCGGCCAUGUCUCUCUUCCACGUCCCAAUGACCAAGUACAUGAGAUUGGAGGAGUUUGAGCAGACCCAGAGUCAACAGAGCUCUCAGGUGCAACUGUUCCUGAAGGACACCUGGAUCACCACACUGCGUGCUGCCAUCAGGACCAGUCUACGUGAUGUGGGGAAAGGAUGGUUCAACCUUCAUGAGUCCAACUGGGAGGUCUACCAACGAUCCAAACUCAAGAAGUUCAUGGAGAUGGUCAAGUUCUGCAUGCAGGAUUCUCUGAGGUACCUGGUUCAAGACUCUCUGGUGAACUUCACCCAGAUGAUCAUCGAUUCAUCCUUCUCUGUCAUGGAGCUACCUGAAGAGGAGAUGACCUGGGGUGAUGACCUCAUCAACAGUCCAUACAAGCCUAAGAGAAAUAGCUUGUUCCUAGUUGACCUGAUUCUGGACAAAGAGGGCAGUCAUUUCAGUACGAACCUGACCAACUUUGAGCCGUCUAUGGCUGGACUGUUUGACAAAGGCAUAGGAGCCACCCAGAACGUUCCCCAGCUUGAAAAGUAUGUCCUAGAGGACAUCUCCUGGGCGGACACUCCUCUGUUGGAGUCCGUUGGUGAGCAUGAGCCACGUGUAGAGGAGCUGAGAGACACUAUCCGAGCUGCCAUCCGCAAGUCCCUCUUUCCCCUCAGGGCAUACGCUAGAGCGUAUGAGCAGUUCCUGGAGGUCAACAACCUGGAACUCAGUGACUACAUGAAGGAGUACGAUGCUACGGAACACUCUGCUUCCGAGGUCAAGAAGGAGAUUGAGAUGCACCUGGAUCGCAAGGAGUUCCUGGAGAACACCAUCCCUUCCAACAUCAUGAUUGGACCCUUCUUCAUCAGCACGGAGAACGUCAGACAGGCACUGUCCAAGAAGCGCAAGGCCAUGGCUAACGCUCUACUGGAACUCCUGGCCCAGAAACUGCGUACCCAAGCUGAAGAUGCAUGUGAAGAAUUCAAGUAUAUCUCCAGGAAGCUGUACGAGAAACCCAACUGCAUUGAGGACCUGUCAGAGCAGAAGGAGUGGAUGAAGUCAAUCCCAGAGAAACUCAAGGAGCACCAGGAACUCAUUGAUAAGGCCAUGACGGACUAUGAGCUCAUCGAAGAGUUCUACUACAGUCUCACCACCGAUGACUUCAAUCUCAAAUGGAAUGCCAGAGGCUGGCCUCAUAAGAUUGCUGAACAGAUGGAUAAUACGUAUGUCCAGCUGGAUGAGGACCAGGAACGGUUUGAGAAGAUCCAGGUCACAGACCAAAACACAUUCCAGGAUCGUCUUGAUGGUCUCCAGAUGGUCGUGGCUGGAUUCGCAGCCCACACUGACAUCGGCAAGGCCCAUGAGGUGGCCAAUGAGGUGCGUCGGGUGAACAAGCAGCUCAAGGAAUGCCAACAACUUGCUGCAAUGUACAACAACAGAGAACGUCUGUUUGAGAUGCCCGUCACCAAUUAUGACAAGCUGAACAGGCUUGUUCGUGACUUUGACCCCUUCAAAAACCUCUGGAUCACCAUCUCCGACUGGCUCAAGUGGCACGAGAGCUGGAUGACCGAUCCUCUGACCACCAUCGACUCCGAGCAGUGUGACAAGCAGGUCAAUGAUUCCUUCAUGACCAUCCACAAGUGUGUCAAGAUCUUCAAAGACAUUCCAGGUGUGCAGAUGGUAGCACAGAAGAUCAAGGGAUGGAUCGAAGACUUCAAGCCCUUCAUUCCUCUCAUCCAAGGCCUACGUAACCCUGGAAUGAGGAGCCGUCAUUGGGACAUCCUGUCCAAAGAGCUGGGCUUCACCCUGGUCCCGAAGGCCUCUCUCACCUUCAGCAAGUGCUUGGAGAUGAACCUUGAGGCUCACAUUGAUAAGAUCGCCAAGGUGGCAGAGAUUGCUGGCAAGGAAUACUCCAUUGAACAGGCUCUGGAUAAGAUGGAAGGCGAAUGGAAGCCGGUGGUGUUUGAGAUCAUGCCAUACAAGGACACAGGAACGUUCAUCAUGAAGGGAUCCGAUGAAUGCACCCAGCUGCUGGAUGAUCAUAUCGUCAUGACCCAGAGCAUGUCCUUCUCACCCUUCAAGAAACCCUUUGAAGAGAGGAUCAAUACAUGGGAAGGAAAACUCAGGAUGACACAGGAUGUUUUGGAUGAAUGGCUUCUCUGCCAGCGCUCCUGGCUUUACCUGGAGCCCAUCUUCAGCUCGGAUGAUAUCAACAGACAGCUUCCUGUGGAGGGCAAGCGAUACCAGACCAUGGAUCGUAUGUGGAGGCGUAUCAUGAAGAACGCAAAAGAAAAUCCUCAGGUCAUCUCCCUGUGUCCUGAUGCCAGGCUCCUGGACAACCUGAAGGAGUGCAACAAGCUCCUUGACCAGGUCCAGAAGGGUCUCAGUGAGUACCUGGAGACCAAGAGGGCCUCCUUUCCCAGGUUCUACUUCCUGUCCGAUGAUGAGCUGCUUGAGAUCCUCUCCCAGACCAAAGAUCCCACGGCUGUCCAGCCCCAUCUCAGGAAAUGCUUUGAGAACAUCGCCAGGCUGCGGUUUGAAGAUGAUCUUAAGAUUACCCAGAUGUUCUCCAGUGACGGUGAGAUGGUGCCUUUCGAACAGACCCUCUAUCCAAAGGGUAACGUGGAGGAUUGGCUCCUGGAGGUGGAAAGGGUCAUGAGAGAGAGUCUCAGAGAGAUCUUGGGCAAAUCGCUGGAGCAGUAUCCAACGGUGGAGAGGACAGAUUGGGUGUUGAACUGGCCUGGUCAGGUGGUCAUCGCUGGCUGUCAGACGUUCUGGACGACCAUGGUAGAAGAGGCGCUAGAGAACAAAGUCUUGCCCGACCUCUCAGAAAAACUGUACCAACAGAUUGCUGACCUUGUAGCCUUGGUUCGAGGUCCACUUCAGAAGAUCCAAAGAGCGGUCUUGUCCGCUCUCAUUGUUAUAGAGGUUCACGCCAGGGACGUCAUCGCCAAAAUGGUGGAAGAAAAAGUCCAGAACAGCAACGACUUUGAAUGGAUCAGUCAACUCAGGUACUACUGGGUGGACAAUGGCCUGUUUGUACGAGCGGUGAAUGCUGAGUUCUCCUACGGCUAUGAGUAUCUUGGUAACAGUGGACGUCUUGUCAUCACGCCCCUGACCGAUCGGUGCUACCUGACCCUGACCGGAGCUCUUCAUCUCUACUUUGGUGGUGCUCCGGCCGGUCCAGCCGGUACCGGCAAGACUGAGACUACCAAGGAUCUUGGUAAGGCCUUAGCCAUCCAGACUGUGGUGUUCAACUGCUCUGACCAGCUGGACUUUAUGGCCAUGGGCAAGUUCCUCAAGGGAUUGGCUAGCUCUGGUGCAUGGGCCUGCUUUGAUGAGUUCAACAGAAUUGACAUUGAGGUGUUGUCAGUGGUGGGUCAACAGAUCGCCACUAUACAGAAAGCUCAGCAACAGAGGGUUGAUCGCUUUGUAUUUGAGGGAGCAGAGAUUGCUCUGAAGGCAUCGUGUGCUGUGUUUAUCACCAUGAACCCUGGCUAUGCUGGUAGGACAGAACUCCCUGAUAACCUCAAGGCUUUGUUCCGCCCAGUGGCCAUGAUGGUGCCCGACUAUGCUAUGAUUGCUGAGAUCUCCCUAUACUCGUUUGGUUUCAACGAGGCCAAGGUGCUCUCCAAGAAGAUCACCAGUACCUUCAAACUCUCCUCAGAACAGCUCAGCUCACAGGAUCAUUAUGAUUUUGGUAUGCGUGCUGUCAAGACUGUCAUUUCAGCUGCUGGCAAUCUGAAGAGAGAGAACCCCACUAUGGCUGAGGAUCUUAUCGUUCUGAGAGCUAUCCGUGAUGUGAACGUGCCCAAGUUCCUCCAGGAUGAUCUCAAGCUCUUCAACGGUAUCGUCUCCGAUCUCUUCCCCAAAAUCAAGGAGGAGCCCAUAGACUAUGGUGAGUUAGAUGCAUCCAUUCGUAAGCACUGCUCCAAGCUUAGUCUUAAGGACGUGGACGGCUUUGUCACAAAGUGCAUUCAACUCUACGAAACCACCGUGGUACGUCAUGGUCUCAUGAUUGUUGGACCUGCUGGCUCAGGAAAAACCAUGUGCUAUGAGGUGUUACGGCGAGCUCUGACCUUCUUGAAAGGCAAGGAAGCGGUAGGAGGAGGUAACUACGAGACGGUCACCACCUACAUCGUCAACCCCAAGUCUAUUACCAUGGGGCAGCUCUAUGGAGAGUUUGAUCCUCUCACCCAUGAAUGGACUGACGGCAUCCUGUCAUCCCUGAUCCGAAUCGGCUCCUCGUCGAUGGACGAAGAUGCUCGUUGGUAUAUCUUUGACGGACCUGUGGAUGCUGUCUGGAUUGAGAACAUGAAUACUGUCUUGGACGACAACAAGAAACUCUGUCUCAGCAGUGGAGAAAUCAUCAAACUCACUGAUUUCCAGCGUAUGAUCUUCGAGGUAGCCGAUCUGGCUGUUGCCUCUCCCGCUACCGUAAGCCGCUGUGGUAUGGUCUACCUGGAGCCCAGUAUCCUGGGCCUGAAUCCGUUCGUUGAAUGCUGGCUCAAGAAGCUUCCUGAUGCCAUCUACCCUCACAAAGAUCAGAUGCAGGCUCUCUUUGAUGCUUUCCUUGAGGAAUCUCUUGAAUUCAUGCGAGCCAACUGCAAGGAGAUUGUGUCGUCCAUCGACAGUAACCUAACCCUGAGUCUGCUCAAGCUUCUAGACUGCUUCUUCACUCCAUUCGUACCUAGAGAGGAUAAAGAUGAUGGUGAUGCACCUCUGCCCCAAGAGAAGUUGGAUCGCAUCGGUGAGUUGAUUGAACCCUGGUUCAUCUUCGCUCUCAUCUGGACUGUGGGAGGAGCCGUUGAUAUGGACGGAAGGACAAAGUUCAAUGGCUUCAUGAGGGAGAAAAUGAAGAAGGAAAACAUCCAGUUACUGAUGCCAGAAGAAGGUUUGGUCUUUGACUACAAACUUGAUGAUGGAGGAAUAAGCAAGCGUCCCUCGAGGGAUGACGAUGAAGAGGAGGAGGAGGGAGCAAAUAAGCAGAUCUGCUGGAAGAACUGGAUGAGUGGUAUUGCUCAGGUUGAAAUAUCGCAUGAGAUGCAGUACUCUGACAUCAUCGUACCAACCAGUGACAGCAUCAGGGGAUCGUAUCUUCUGGAUAUGCUGCUCACCAAUAGAAAACAGGUCAUCUGUGUAGGUGACACGGGUACAGGCAAGACAAUGACCAUCUCUGACAAGCUCCUCAAGUCUAUGCCUGCCAAGUACAUCAGUAACUUCAUCUCCUUCUCUGCUCGCACCAGUGCCAAUCAAACACAGGAUCUCAUUGACAGCAAGCUUGACAAAAGGCGCAAAGGAGUGUUUGGUCCACCUCUUGGCAAGCAUUUCAUCCUGUUUGUGGAUGACCUGAACAUGCCUGGUCUGGAGGUGUAUGGAGCCCAGCCUCCCAUUGAGCUGGUCAGACAGUGGAUGGAUCACAAGGGCUGGUAUGACAGAAAACAGAUUGGUGCCUUCAGGGAGCUUGUGGAUAUCGGAUUCUGUUGCGCCAUGGGCCCACCUGGUGGAGGUCGUAACCCUGUGACAGCCCGUCUGAUGCGUCACUUUAACUACAUCUCCUUCCUCGAGAUGCAAAGGGAGAGCAAGAUCCGCAUCUUUUCCACCAUUCUCAACAGUUGGCUUGCAAGUAACCCCUCCUUGAAAGAGCAUGCCCUCCAGGUGGUGAAUGCAGCCAUUGAUGUGUAUGAGACCAUCAUCACCCAGCUUCUACCAACCCCUGCUAAGAGUCACUACACAUUCAACUUGAGAGAUCUCUCCAAGGUCUUCCAAGGUAUGCUGAUGGCUGACAGUUCUAAGAUUGAGGACGUGAGCCAGCUCCUGCGGCUGUGGCAUCACGAGAACUGCCGCGUCUUCCAGGAUCGUCUGGUCAAUAGCCAGGACAGGGAGUGGUUCUCUGGCUACCUUGAGGAGAAGAUCACCAAGGACUUUGGCUGCAAGAUGGACGAGGUCAACCCCCGACAGCCCAUGCUCUACGGUGACUUCAUGAUCGCCAAUGUUGACAAUAAGGUCUAUGCAGAGGUCACUGAUCAAGAAAAGAUGGUGAACGUGAUGGAAGAGUACCUAGAGGACUAUAACCAAGUCAAUACCGCUGUCAUGAGGCUCGUCCUGUUUGAGGAUGCAACCAAGCAUGUCUGCCGUAUCACUCGUGUCAUCCGUCAGCCCCUUGGCAACGCUCUGCUGCUCGGAGUGGGUGGUAGCGGGAGACAGAGUCUCACAAGACUCGCUGCUCACAUCGCUGAGUACGAUCUCUUCCAGAUUGAGCUGUCUAAGAACUACGGUGUGAAUGAAUGGAGGGAAGAUCUGAAGACAAUCCUUCUCAAGGCUGGUCUGGAGAACAAGGCCAUUGUUUUCCUCUUCAGUGAUACCCAGAUCAAGAAUGAGUCUUUCCUAGAAGACAUCAACAACAUUCUGAACUCUGGGGAUGUCCCCAACCUCUACGGUUUUGAUGAGCUGGACUCCAUCUACAAUGCUAUGAAACCUGUUGUCCUGGAUUCAGGCAUGCAGGCAACCAAGGCUAAUCUCUUCUCGGCCUAUACCAAGAGAGUCAAGUCCAACAUCCAUACUGUGCUCUGUAUGAGUCCCAUUGGUGAGGUCUUCCGAGCCCGUCUGCGUCAGUUCCCAUCCUUGGUCAACUGCUGUACCAUAGAUUGGUUCAGUGAAUGGCCAGAUGAAGCCCUGCUCUCUGUAGCCAGGAACUUCCUCAAUGACAUCCCGGAUCUAGAUGAAGGUCCAGAGAUUGUAGAUGGUCUGGUCAGAAUGUGUGUGGUGGUCCAUCAGUCUGUUGCUACCAAGUCCAUUCAGUUCCUGGCUGAGCUUUCCCGUCAUAACUAUGUGACGCCCACCAGCUAUCUGGAGCUGCUGGGUAUCUACGGCAAGCUGCUGGGGCUCAAGAAGAACGAACUGAAGACGGCCAGGAACCGCACCAAGACUGGUUUGGAUAAGCUCCUGAGGACAGCGGAUGACGUAGCAGCCAUGCAGGAGGAGCUGGAGACCAUGCAGCCUAUGCUAGAGGAGGCAUCCAAGGAGACCUUGGUCACCAUGGAGAGAAUCAAAGUGGAUACCGUGAAAGCUAACGAGACGAUGGAGCUUGUCCAGAAGGAGGAGCAGCAGGCCAUGGCCAAGGCUAAGGACACCCAGGAGAUUGCAGCCGAUGCCCAGAGAGAUCUGGAUGAAGCUCUCCCUGCUCUAGAUGCUGCCUUGGCCUCACUCAAAUCGCUCAACCGUAACGACGUUGUAGAGGUCCGUGCUCUUCAGCGUCCACCCAAUGGUGUGCGUAUGGUGAUCGACGCCGUCUGCAUCAUGAGAGGGGUCAAACCUAAGAAGGUGGCUGGAGAGAAGCCAGGUUCCAAGAUCGAUGACUACUGGGAUGCAGGCAAGGGUCUCCUGCAGGACCCGGGCAAGUUUCUCGAGAGUCUCUUCGGAUAUGACAAGGAUAACAUUCCUGACUCAGUCAUCACCAAGAUCCAGCCAUUCAUUGACAACGAAGAGUUCACUCCUGCAGUCAUUGCUAAGGUCUCCAAGGCCUGUACCUCCCUCUGCCAGUGGACCAGGGCCAUGCACAAGUACCACUUUGUGGCCAAGAACGUGGCACCAAAGAGGGAAAGUCUGCGUCUGGCUCGAGAGGACCUUGAGAAGACCCAGCGCAUCCUGGAUGCCGCCAAGGCUAACCUGAGAGAGGUAGAGGAGGGCAUCGCUACCCUCAAGGCCAAGUAUGAGGACACCGUGGCCAAGAAGGAGGAGCUCGAGAACAAGUGUGAUCUCUGCAAGGCCAGGCUUGUCAGGGCUGACAAGCUCAUCGGUGGUCUAGCUGAUGAGAAGGGUCGAUGGCAAGAGUCUGUUGACUUCUUGGAGAAGGUCAUUAACCAGAUCACAGGAGAUGUGCUGAUAUCGGCUGGCUAUAUAGCAUACCUGGGACCGUUCACAGGUGAAUACCGAGCAUCCCUCUCAGAGGAGUGGCAGUCUAAGUGCGGUGAAUACCAGGUGCCUUGUACGUCCGACCCUGGCUUCAUCCAGGCCUUUGGGGACCCUGUCAAGAUCAGGACGUGGCAGAUUGCUGGUCUCCCCCGUGACAAUCUCUCCAUAGAGAAUGGUGUCAUCAUGCAGUUCUCACGUCGCUGGCCGCUCUUCAUUGACCCCCAAGGUCAAGCCAACAAAUGGAUCAAAGCAAUGGAAAAAGACAAUGGCAUUGAUAUCAUCAAGCUGUCUGAUCGUGACUUCCUGCGCAGUCUGGAGAAUGCUGUCCGCUUUGGCAAACCUUGUCUCCUGGAGAAUGUUGCGGAGGAGUUGGACCCUGCCUUGGAGCCUAUCCUCUUGAGACAGACCUUUAAGCAGCAAGGAAGCACCGUUAUCAAGCUAGGAGAUGCUGUCAUCCCUUACCAUGAAGACUUCAAGUUCUACAUCACCACCAAGCUUCCCAAUCCUCACUACACUCCUGAGGUCUCUACCAAGGUCACACUGGUCAACUUCACCCUGUCACCAAGUGGUCUUGAAGAUCAGCUCCUGGCCCGUGUGGUAGCUGAAGAGAGGCCUGAUCUUGAAGAGGCCAAGAACCAGCUCAUUGUGAGUAAUGCCAAAAUGAAGAGCGAACUGAAGGAGAUUGAGGACAAGAUCCUUGAGCGGCUGAGCUCGUCUGAGGGGAACCCAGUGGACGAUGUGGAUCUCAUCCAGGUGUUGGAGGCAUCCAAGGUCAAGGCCCAGGAGAUCAAGGCUAAAGUGGUUGUUGCUGAGCAGACCGAGCGUGAGAUUGACGAGACCCGAUCUCAGUACAUCCCUGUAGCUGUGAGGACCCAGCUUCUCUUCUUCUGUACCACAGACCUGGCCAGUGUGGAUCCCAUGUACCAGUACUCACUCGGCUGGUUCAUCGGUAUCUUCUUAGCUGGCAUUGCCAAUUCAGAGAGGGCUGACAACCUGCCACAGCGUAUCAUCAACAUCAAUGAAUAUUUCACCUUCAGUCUCUACUCCAACGUGUGUCGUAGCUUGUUUGAGAAGCACAAGCUCAUGUUUGCUUUCCUGCUCUGUGUCAGGAUUCUACAGAAUGAGGGAAAGAUUAACAUGGAUGAGUGGAGGUACCUGUUAUCUGGUGGCCCAAUCAAAGUAGAGCUUCCCAACCCAACACCAGAUUGGCUGUCGGAGAGAGCUUGGAUGGAGAUUCUCUCGCUUAGUGCCCUGGAUACAUUUGUAGAGUUUGCCAAAGACUUUGGAAACCAUUCUGCAGCUUACAAAGCCAUCUUUGACAGUACUGAACCACACAGGGAGCCUUUACCAGGAAAUUGGAACACGGACCUGGACGACUUCCAGAAGAUCCUGGUCCUGAAGUGCAUCCGGGCGGACCGUGUCACCAACGCUAUGCAGGACUACGUGGCCACCAACCUCGGUCAACGCUUCAUCGAGCCGCAGACCGCCGAUCUGGGCGUGGCGUACAAGGAGUCGUCUCCAACCACGCCCCUGGUCUUUGUCCUGUCCGUGGGAACUGACCCGGCUGCCGACCUCUACAAGUUUGCUGAGGAGAUGAGGUUCUCUAAGAAGCUGACCUCUAUCUCUCUGGGUCAAGGACAGGGACCAAGAGCUGAGGCUCUUGCAAGGAGUGCCAUGGAUCGUGGAAAAUGGGUGUUCUUCCAGAACUGCCAUCUGUCACCCUCCUGGAUGCCUGCCCUUGAGAGACUCAUUGAGAACAUUGAUUCUGACAAGGUCCAUCGUGACUUCCGUCUGUGGCUGACCAGUAUGCCCAGCCCCAAGUUUCCAGUAGCCAUCCUUCAGAACAGCUCUAAGAUGACCAUUGAACCUCCUAGAGGUCUCAAGGCUAACCUCCUACAGAGUUACACUAGUCUGAACGAUGACUUCCUCAACUCAUGCAUUGGCAAGACACAUGAGUUCAAGAGUCUACUGCUGUCCCUUUCCCUCUUCCAUGCCAUCGCCCUAGAGAGGCGCAAGUUUGGCCCCCUCGGUUUCAACAUCCCUUAUGAGUUCACCACCGGAGACUUGAGGAUCUGCAUCAGUCAGCUCAAGAUGUUCCUCAUGGAGUACGAGGACCAUGUGCCUUUCAAGGUAUUGAAGUACACCGCUGGUCAUAUCAACUACGGUGGUCGUGUGACAGACGAUCGAGACAGACGUUGCAUCAUGAACAUCUUGGCUGAUUACUACUGUGAUGAUGUUCUGGAGGAAGGCCACAAGUACUCUGAGUCAGGCAUCUACAAUCAAAUCCCAACUAACCACGAUCACAACGGUUACAUGGCCUUCAUCCGAAGCCUCCCCAUCAACGAUACCCCGGAGAUCUUCUCUCUCCAUGACAACGCCAACAUCACCUUCGCUCAGAACGAGACCUUCACCACCCUCACUAACAUCAUGAAGCUCCAGCCCAAGACAGCAUCGGGAGGCGGGAAGUCACGGGAAGAGGUUAUUGAGGAGUCAGCUAUCAGUAUCCUAGCCAAGGUUCCCCAGCCCAUCGACGAUGCCAUGGUGUCCAAGAAACAUCCUGUGAUGUAUGAGGAAUCCAUGAACACUGUACUUAUUCAAGAAGUAAUCAGGUACAACCGGUUGCUGACAACCAUCCAUAGCACCGUGAAGAACCUUCUGAAGGCUCUCAAGGGUCUGGUGGUUCUCUCUCUGGAGCUGGAGACCAUGUCUAACAGUAUCUUUAACAACACUGUCCCAGAAAUGUGGGCUGGCAAGGCGUACCCAUCCCUGAAGCCACUGUCCUCCUGGGUAACCGAUCUGGUGGAGAGGAUGAAGUUUGUCGAGUCCUGGAUCUACGAAGGCAUCCCCAGCGUCUUCUGGAUCUCUGGUUUCUUCUUCCCUCAAGCCUUCCUGACUGGAACCCUGCAGAACUACGCCCGUCGUGCCAUCAUCUCCAUCGAUACCAUUGGAUUUGACUUCCAGGUCAGGAAAGAACCGGCUGAGCAGCUGACCGAACGUCCUGAGAGUGGUUGUUUCAUCCGAGGCCUGUAUCUUGAAGGAGCUCGCUGGGAGUAUGAUUCUCACAUCCUGGCAGAGUCCCGGCCCAAGGAACUCUACACCGACAUGCCUGUCAUGCAGCUCAUCCCGGCAGCCAACCGCAAGGAACCUGAGAGUGGGAUCUAUGUCUGUCCAGUCUACAAGACUCUCACAAGAGCAGGUACCCUCUCAACCACUGGUCAUUCAACCAACUAUGUCAUCGCCGUGGAGGUGCCUACAGACAGGAAACAGAACCACUGGAUUAAGAGGGGUGUGGCUUUAAUCUGUGCUUUGGAUUACUAAGCCAAUAUUAUGAAUACCGUCAUAAAGGACCCUUGAAUACAUCACAUUCAAAUAUGUAGUACUAAGACUCAUAUGCAGAGGAAAUGAAAGUACAGAUGAAACAUAACUACUGGAUUAAGAGGAGUGGGCUUUAAUUUGCACCUAGAUUACUAAGCCAACACUAUCCAGAUUAUCACAUGGGAACUUCAAGCAAACAUUUCAUUUUAAACGACUGAUAUUUAAAAAAAUAGGGCCCAUAUUCAGUUCAAUAUGGGGAUUAAGUCAUUAUUUCAGUUAGCACUUUCCUUGGCUAAGUAAUGUAUCUUGACUCAUAUUCAGAUUACAUUUGAGAAUUUUACUUAAAGCCUCGGUCACAAAUGCCAUUACGAACUGCUACGAACGCCGUACGAACGAUUUUCAGACAAUGGAAAUUCGGAAGACAAUGGAAAAACAUGGAGAUUCGUACAAAAUUAUUGUUCGUACGAACGUUUGUGACCGUAGCAUAAGCUAGCCAACUUUAAGGCAAAAUACUUACUGAUUAGCUUUGUGACCUCACAUGGUCAAUCAAAAAUAAUAUGCAACUAAUGCACGCUAAUACAAUUGUGCGCAGCUUAUAAUGACUGUGUAUGAAAAUCACAGAACUGUCAAUCAAGGCAUCCAAAAUUGAUGGCUUAAGACAGCUGGGGAGCUGUCUUAAACUCAGGGUAAAAUACUUAGCCAAAAGCUUCAACUGAAUACCAAAGUUGGCUAAACAUUUUACCGAAGCCGGAAAGUGAGUUAAAUACUAAUAUUUUCUGAGAUAAGUAUUGAAUUAAAUACCUGGUCAGGUUUUUACAAGAAUAUAAAUGGAACAACACCUAAGAGAUAGUCGUAAGGAUUCUGACUUCUUCAUGCUUGAGCCCAAACUAUCAAGUUUGACACUUUUUAAAGGAAUUGGAAUUCAUUACACUGAGAUUGUAGACGAGGGACCGAAUUUCCAGAGAAAAUAUUCAUGCCAGGUUUACUGCUAAAGCUGUGCUGAGGUGUCUUAUUGAUAAAUCACAUGCAUUUGAAUAUUCAAAGAAUUCCCAAUUUGUUAUGGUUUAUAAGUUGAGUGUAGAUAAGAACUUGAUGUGCUUGCUCAGACAUUUUUUGCAUUGUUUUAUCUUGGGAUUUGUGUGUAAUGCUUGAUUGUAAAUAUGAUGUUUCAUUGAGCCCCACACUCACCAAGAAGUGUACCUUAUAGAGGUGUUGUGGUCUAGCGGAUACGUCACUGCAUUUGUGCAUCACAUGGUUCGCAGUUCAAGUCCUGCCACAGCACUAAUGUCCUUAGGCAAGACAUUUCCCUACAUUUUCCACUCUCCACCCAGGUGUAGUAAAUGGGUACCUGGUAGGAAUGUAUUCCUUGAAUGCUAAAGCCAGGGUGAUAAUACUACUUUGUAGUUUGAAGGUGCCUUGAGCAUCCCCUGGGAUGGUGCAGAAAAUAAAUGUAGCUAUUACUAUUAUUGUUAUAAUAUGUUUGUAUUUCCCUUUAUCACCUUGUGUCCAAUACUCUGGGAAUACAAUGAAUUUUUUGACCAAAGAGAGAAAUAUUAUUGAUGUAUAUUUAAUUUCCACUCUUAUUGUUAGUCAACUGAAUAUCACUACUUCCGUUUAACCAUGCAAACUGUUUACAUGUAACUCGCUGUGUAUGACAAUUGACAAUGCACUGAAGUGGUACCGACUUUUUCGAUUUUUAACCAUUCAACUGCCUAGUAUUGAGGCUAAAUCAAAUAAUUAGUUUAAGCAUUUCAGACAUGUAUUCACCAUACCUGAAUUAAUGUAUGUAAAUAUCAAUCUAUAUUUGUAUGUAUAUAUAUUGUAAGUAAAUAAACAAAAGAUGAAAGUUUUAUUAUGUAAAUAAUACUAUGUUUUGUAUUUAUAUGCAUUAUUCUAUCAAAAAUAAAUAUCUAUGGGGAUUUCAGGUUGUCCAGAAAAUGCUAAAGGAGUUAGUUCACAAGAAACAUUUCCGUCCACAUAAAAACAUAAACAUUAUUAUAGCACAUCUGUUUGUAUGAUGUGUGUGGCUGUUUUCCCCUGUUAAAAUUAUUAAAACAAAAGUAUGCUUUUUCAUGAAUUUGUAUGUGAAAUGAAUAAAUAAAUGAUUAAAUUCAUUCCUCGAAACAAACAUCUAAA